UGCGUGUCCGGCCAAGAAUGCGGGGUAAGCACUGCGAAGGUAGCCGUCCCCAACGCCACGAUACCCAACGACCUUCUCUCCUUGCCUUCAUUCCCUCAUACCUACUUCAUUACCCACCCAGCCCACCUCCGCUCACCAUGUCCUUCGGUCCCGUAUCACCUGGCGAUCACCCUGUCAUCGCUGAGGGCAUCAUCUCUCGAGGAGCCUGGGCUCUCAUCGAAGACAAGUUCUCCGACUUUGCCAAGAAGACUCUCGCCAAUGUCGUCCACUUUGUGAUUAACGACUGCAUUCCCGCUGCUGAGGUAUACGAGGCGCAGAUCUCCAAGGAUCCUUCUACGCGAUGGAAGGUCGUGCCGCCGGUCAUCGAAGAGCUCAAGGCCAAAGCUAAGUCUCUCGGUCUUUGGAACCUCUUCUUAUCCAAGAAGCACUACCCCGAUGUUGGCUCCCCUUUGACUAACCUGGAGUACGCAGUCAUGGCCGAGGUCACCGGUAGGGGAGGUCAUUUCGCAUCGGAGGCGCUGAACUGCAGUGCUCCUGACACCGGCAACAUGGAGGUCCUGGCCAAGUACGGAAAUGAAGAGCAGAAGAAGCAGUGGCUUACACCCCUCCUCAACGGAGAGAUCCGAUCAGCCUUUGCCAUGACGGAGCGCUUCAUUGCCUCAUCUGAUGCCACCAACAUCAAGACUGAUAUUCGUCAAGAGGGCGACGAGAUUGUCAUCAACGGACACAAGUGGUGGAUCAGUGGCGCCGGAGACCCACGUUGCAAGCUGCACAUCCUGAUGGGCAAGUCGGACCCCAACAACAGCAGUCCUCACAAGCAACAAAGCAUCGUCCUCAUCCCUGCCGACACGCCCGGUAUCAGAGUUGUGCGAGCUAUGCAGGUCUUUGGGUAUGAUGACGCUCCCGAGGGUCACUGUGAGAUCAUCUAUGAGAAUGUACGCGUGCCUCUCAAGAAUCUGGUCAAGGGCUGGGGCUGUGGAUUCGAGAUCAUCCAGGGUCGUCUUGGACCUGGAAGAAUUCACCACUGCAUGCGCUCCAUCGGCACGGCCGAGGCUGCUCUAGACCGCAUGCUUACCCGAGCCACUGACACUCGCAAGCGCACCUUUGGCAAGGCCCUCUACGAGCACGGCACCAUCGUGGCGGACAUUGCCAAGUCGCGCAUGCAAAUCGAUCAGGCUCGUCUGCUGGUACUGUCAGCAGCAAACAUGAUCGAUCGAUCCAAUGCCAAGGGCGCCAUGCGCGACAUCGGUAUGAGCAAGGUCGUCGUCCCCACCAUGGCCCUCGAGGUAGUAGAUCGCUCCAUGCAAGCGCACGGAGCCGAGGGAAUCUGUCAAGACACACCCCUCGCAGCCGCCUACGCCGGGUUGCGUACCUUGCGGUAUGCCGAUGGACCUGACGAGGUGCACAUUCAGCAAAUUGGAAAGCAGGAGCUCAAGAGGGCAAAGCUACUGUGGGAGAGGCAGGAGAGUGUGGAAAAGAAGAGCCAGAAGCACCUCAGCAAUGCUGGGAUCAAGCCUCGCUCUCACUUGUGAAUGAAGGACACUGGACCGCACCGUACUGUAGAGUCAGGUUUAUACGGGCCCUUCGUCUCUUCUUGUUCUCUUUCUGUAUCGUGUCAAUUGUAUCGCCUCGUGUGUUCGAGA